CCGGUUGCGGUGCGGGUGCACACCUGGGGUUCACGGAGCCCGAGGGUCCUCCAGGCGCCCUUCGACCUGCUGCGCAUGCAUAGAAUCCCUGUGAAAGUGCGGGUGAGAUGGCGAAUCUACACGCACCAAUGGCCCACCCCCUUCGACGGUGCGCCCUGUUGCUCGCUGUAGUUCACCUGCACUGCUGCUCAGGAACUGGUUUCGGUUACGAUCCAUCCCAAGAGGAAUUGGUCUUCUCAUCGCCAAGUUUCGAAAGUCAGAGGCUGUACGUCGGCAGUCAAGAAUCAAGAGAACAUGGCAGAUCUCAGUGGAACAAUCAACGUCAGCCCAUCAUAGCCCACAAUCAAAACCCAUCUCAGCGCCCGAAUCUACCUCCUCCUGUGCUCGGUACUCCAAGUGGGCCAUCCUUGGAAAGGCCACAAGUGCAAUUUCGACCAAUAACGAUACCUUUGCAUAUUCCCUUUGAAUCUCAACGAGGUGUCGAUCUCUCGCAGGAGUCUGCAACACACACCGUGCAUCGCGAGUUUUAUCCUGGCCUGCAGAUUUACGCGUCCCACGAGCAAGUGCAACGUCCAAUCGCCAGUGAACACUUAACGGAAAAAGUUAUAGAUCAUCUUAGAGGAAGGACACAUAAUCAAAAUAACCAACACAUACUUCAAUCACAGCAGCAGCAGCAUCCACAACAGCAAAGUGUAUACCAACAGCAACCAACCUUACAACAGCAAGUAGUACAUAUUUUACAACACCAAUACCAGCAACAGCAAUACGAAGAGAUACUUCAACAGGCGACGCACCAGAUUCAACUACAACAUCAGCUUCAAGAGCAACGACAGAUUCAAGAACAACAACAGAAGCAGGAGCAACAACAACAACUAGGACAACCUAAUCAGCAGGCUGAUCUUGUAGUUACGGAGCAAAAGAAAGAGCAGAACGAUAGAAAGGCAUCCCAGGAAGCUCAAGGUGAGGAGAAAGUGCAGCAAGGUGAGAAGCAGACCGCAGAUCGUCCACUGCGGGGCUCUCCAGAACAACCGACACCAAACGCGCCUGAUCAGAAUCAUGCGCAGACAACCAACCCGCAACAGAAUGCUCCACCUAGCGAAGAAAACACGGCCGGACAAGGUAAGGGGCAACUUGAACCAGGAGAGGAGGCAAAGACGCAAGCUGAACCGGGGGCGCCCCAGACGCAACAACAGGCGGAGAAACCUCAACAAGGCCAGCCGGCGCAAUCCCAGAAUCCGGAGGAGCGUGACCGCCAGCAACGAUUGAAACACAACAACGACCGCGAAGACGAGAACCGGCAGAAGCACCUGGAGUUGCUACAGAACUCGCUGCCCGGCCGCCUCACGCAGGAACAGGUGGACCGAUUUCUACAGGAACUGGACAAGCAACCGCCCGAGACGCAGGAACUGAUCCGCCAGAAGUUGCAGCAAGAGCUGCUGAAGCUGCUG